CUUUGCUAAACUCGCCAAAAAUUUUGGGAGGUACAUGGCGCAAACAACCUCCAAAAAAUCCAAGGCGUCGUCGCGGCCUUGAAUCCUGAGGAGGCACUCAGCCAAAGCGAAGAAGAAAAUGAUAACCACAUCCGUGCUAUGACACACCGGCUGCGAUCACUCGCACACCGACUCACCCGGACCCUCUAGGUCACAGCCACAAACCACCAGGCAUUCCCGAUGGACGCACAUGCGCUGCUCAAGUCGCAGGGCUGGCGCGGCCACGGCCACACACUCCACCCGAGCGACGACUCGGCCGGCCUGGCGCGGCCGCUGCUGAUAUCGCGCAAGGACAACACCCUCGGUAUCGGCAAGAAGGAGCACUGCACCAGCGACCAGUGGUGGCUCAACGCCUUCGACCAGCAGCUCCAGGGGCUCGACACCACGGGCAAGACGGGCGCCACCGUCGUCCAGACGGUCCAGCGCGGCGCCCUCAACGCCAUCCAGGCUCGCGGGGCCGCCGCCAGGUACACGGGCGCAUACGGCCUGUACGCGUCCUUCGUCAGGGGAGGCCUGCUCAAGGGCACCAUCUCGUCCCCGUCUUCCUCCGGAAACUCGACCCCACGCGACACAUCCGCGACGGCAGAGAGCACGUCGGAGAGCGGCGCCGAUGCGGGCGGCGGCCCCCGCUUGCCGGAGACAAAGAGCGAGCGCAAGGCGAGACGUGCACAACGGAGACGCGAACGGGCCGAGAAGAAAGCCCGCAAGUCAACUGGCGGGGCGCUAGACGUCGAGGAGAUCCUUACUGCUAGGAGAAGGAGGAAAAUCGACAAGAAGGCGCUCGAGACAAAGGAGGAGAGACAGGCCAGGAGGGAAGCCAAGAGGAAAAGAAAAACUGAGCGCCGCAAGGGGUCCGAGGGCUGAGAUCACCCAAACCCCCGAAUAAAUAGUUCUGUCGAGUUAUCCGCAAAGUCAGGCAUGGCCCUAUUAUAAAGGCCUGCACUCUUUACGAAAUGAGCCACGACCGAGAAUACAUCUUUCCAUGAGCAACACCCUACGUCUCCUUGGGGAUCUCCCCAGGCUUGUUGGAGAGUAACCACGGACGCCUAUCCCAGAAAUCAUCCUUGAUGAUAUCCAUGUGCUCAACCGUGACCCUUGCUUUUGCACGCUUCUUCUUGUUGCUCUCUGCUUGCGUCUUGGAUUCCUUGGGGGGCUCCGUGAGGUUUUCUGCCUCCUGUAUUUUGUCCUGGCCAUUUCCCGGCUCCUCCAACUUGUACUUUGCAAGGAGUUAGAACGAAUGUUUUAUUGUGCCGUCACAGUAGAUACCUGGGUGAUAAUUGGAUUCAGACUCACGUCUCUGAAGACGACGCUUCCCUUCUUGCACAUCUCAGGUUCGUUGUUGUAGUUGAUCCCGAACUUUGAGAAGAGUAUCUCGUUCUUGUCGGC